AUGACAUCACUGUCUUUUUAUAUUAAUGAUUUAUUUUCAGAGGAUAUACAUACACUUGAGAAAUCACUAAAAGAUGUCAGAUUACUUUUUCAAGAUGCAGAUUGGAGAAUCAAAGUUAGAAUGAUUGAUGAAAUGAAUAGUUUUCAAGUUUUCUCACGACUCUUUGAUAUACUACAAUUUGGACAAUACUCUUUUCAAUCUAAAUAUGAAAUACUAUCGAUCAUCACAAAUUUAGCAAUUAAAGAACAUGCAAACAUAUCAAGAGAUAUUUUCCUAGCAUAUAAUAUUGCUGAUGUGUUACUUGAACUUUCAACAUUACCAAACUUGGAGUUGGCAACGAAAUCACUGGAAUGCAUGAAUAUUUCAUUUAAGUUUCUAAGAGAUACUACAUUCGAAUCUUAUAAUACAUUAAGCUUUUCAAAUAGUGAAUUCGACAAAAAGAUAAUUGGUCUAAUUAAAAAGGGCAUCAAUCAUACCGAUUAUGUUGGACUUUGUAUCAAGAUAUUAUCAUCAUCGCAUAUAUUUAAUGACCCAGAUAUACCUCCUCACUUUGAAACGAUUCUACCUGUUUUAAUAGGAUGUAUGGAUACAAUAUCAGAUUUCAACAUAGCCGUCGAUAUACUUUUCAUACUUGAAAGGGUUGUACUCACGGCUAACAAUAAACUAUGCAAAUUUUUAUCAACUUUAGAUAUAUCGAAUCGAUUCAUCAAGUUCUUAACACCUAAUCUAUCAACAGGAAUAAUUGAAAAAGUUUUAUAUUCUUUAUAUUAUAUUAAUAAACAGAUUGCAUCGAAAUAUAAAAGUCAUUCAAUAGUUGAUGAGUCAUUGUUAGAGUGUACAAAACCGUUGAUAACUCACAGUAAUGAAAAUAUUAGAAGGAUUGCUAUCUUAGUGAUAGCCAAUGCACCGUUCCACUUGGCUGUCAAAUCUAAUAUUCUAAGAUUGGUACUAAAUCAUUGUAGACAUCUAAUUAUUCAAGAUAAUGAUGAUAUAUUCUCUAUGUUCUCUAUUACAAUGGAAAAGAAUGAAUAUAUAGAUUACAUGGUAGAAAUAGGUAUAAUUGAAUUAUUGUUAGAAAUUUUGGAAUCUGUUGGAAGCGAUGUUAAUGAUAAUCUAGUAAAUACAAUCACUAGCUAUCUAAACUCAGGACAUCUAGUCGUUGUUGAUCUCAUCAUUGCAAGUCGAUUCUACACAAUCAUAACAGAACAUGGUACUAUAACUAAAUUCACAUCACAAAUACAAGAUAGUAAUAUACUAAGUAGAUUAAAGAAUAUCGAUACUAAAAGGAAAUCUGACAACAAUGAUUGUAAUAAUAAAAAGAGACAGAGACUUUAA